UCUCUCUCUCUGCCUUUGAUCUGCUCUCUGAACGUCCUGGAGCUGCUGCUGCUGCUCAACACAAACCCAGAGCAGCAGCAGCAGCAGCAGGCUGACAUGGUGAGAGGACCGGUGCGGGAAACACACCACCACACCUCUCACCGGGCUGCUGGCGACUAAUAACCACCGAGACUCUGAUCUACACGCUCCCUUUAUAGCAGCCGCAGGCAACAAGUGGUUCAUCAAAAUGGUCCGGAUCCUUCAGCACACCUUCUCACUUCUACUCACUGUGCACGUCAUAUAUUCAACUCUGAUUCCUGUGGGGGCCGAGGAGGAGAGCAGGGAAUGCAGAGAACAGGAGUACAAGGACCGGUUUGGGAACUGUAAACCCUGCAAGCAGUGUGAUGCAGGACAGGAGCUAUCAAAGGAAUGUGGCUUUGGUUAUGGAGAGGAUGCCCGGUGCGUGCCCUGCCGGAGCAGUCGCUUCAAGGAGGACCGGAGCCUGCAGAAGUGCAAGCCCUGCCUGGACUGUGGACUCAUCAACCGCUUCCAGAAGGGCAACUGUUCCACCACCAGCAACGCUGUGUGUGGAGACUGUCUGCCGGGAUAUUACAGGAAGACAAAAUUAAGUGGUUUCCAGGACAUGGAGUGUAUACCGUGUGGAGACCCUCCGCCUCCAUACGAGCCUCACUGCAGCGGGCGUGUGAACCUGGUGCCGCUGCCCUCGGUGGUGACCAGCCCGCGGGACAUGGCCCUGGCCGCAGUCAUCUGCAGCGCUCUGGCCACCGUGCUGCUGGCCCUACUGGUCCUGUGUGUUAUCUACUGCAAGAGACAGCUGCUGGAGAAGAAGCCCAGCGCGGCCUCUCUGAGGUCCCAGGAUUGUCCCUACAGUGGAGCAGAGCUGUCCUGCUUGGACCCACGUUGGCUCCAUGACUUUCCCCAGAGACCCUGCUGCCAGUGUCACCUGGGCCCCGGACAAACCUGUGGUCCAGUCCACCUGAUCCCAUCUCUGUGCUGUGAUGAGAGCUGCAGUCUGGGCCGCAGCCUGGACAACAGUCCCUUCCAGUCCCAGACAAGCCUCAGUGACGGAAAUACACAUCAGGAUGAAGAGAGCACCCCGGUUCACGUAGGAGGACAUCCUGAGUCGGUCUGCAAAGAGGCUGGAGGGGUGAGAGGGAGUUUAGAGCCUCAGUGCAACGCUGAACCUGCAGGGAGACUGGAAGUGGAAGAAGAUGAUGGGGAUGGGGAUGAAGAGGAAGGGUGCAGGUCAAGGGAGAAUCCACCGGAGAGGACCAGACAGAGCUACAGUGAAGCUGUGACAGAUGCACUUCUUCCCAGACUGCACUCAUCAAGUCAGGAAGGAUGACAUGGAUCUAUUUUGCUCAUGUUCCACCCUUGAACCACCCUGGACUCAACAGCCACAGCCAGUUUCCGGAUCAGAUUACUCACUAGUCCACCCUGUACAGACAAGCAGCAGCCAAGUGUGGUCGCACCGCCUCUUUGAAAUGCCUGCCGCUGACCUCAGAGCCCCUCGUCAAAGGGUUCAAACAGAAUAUGUACAUACAUGCAAACAAAAGCACUGCUGAGGAAAAGCAAAGCACGAGGGCAAAAGGAUAGAGAUACACACGCAGAAUGUGAACUUGCUGGUUCAGGAGGUGCAAUCGAAUGAAGUUCAAACAUCGAGGAGGAUUGACUUAUUACCGUGGAGCAAAGUGAGCCUCUGCUCGGCCUCGAGAAUGUCUUGCAUAUUCAUGUGUAGGAGAACAAACUGUACCACUGACAUAGUAGCUGGUGUUAUGAAGCUUUUGUGUGUAAAGGUAACACGUUUGAGUUGUGAAGAAAAUUGUCAAAAGUGAUUAUGUUGCACAUUGAAGACAAUCUUGAUAAUAUGGAACAAGUUAUGUUUAAGUGAUAAAUGUGUUGUAGAUAUUGUAAAAUAUUAAAUAGGUCAAUAUUUUUGUAACAUAGACAUGAAAAUAUGAUUGCUUUACUUCUCCCAGUUAUAGUGUUGAUGGUUGUGAUUGGUCACUUCCACAUAUUGUUUUAGUAAAUAAACCACUUGAACAAGUUUACAUACCAACAAA